CCUUUUGUUUUGACGAGGUCGAGUCGCGAGUAGUCGCGAGAUGUCACGCUCACUCGGCCGCGCGCAACAGCAACAACUUUAUUCCGCUUUGUUUUGCGGAGGUGAGAGGACAUGGUGUAGCCGUCGCUCGAGUUUGUGCGUUGUGUUCAAUGUUUUUCUUAUUAAAAAGUAUUUAUUGAGUGAAUAGACAUAAAAUAUUGGAGAAAUAGUGUUAUUACAUUCGAACGAAGACUGUGCAUGUGUUCGAGUAGACGAAAGAUCGCUACAUUUGCGCAAUCGUUGGUGAGACUUGAUGUCAAUAAACUUGUCGGUUGUAUUUUAUGGGAAAGGUGUGCCGCGUCGCGCUGGUACCUGUUCUCGGCGGGUGGGUGCUCGAGGCCGGGAUAGUGGCUGCUAAAUUGUUGGCGGUCGGCUCGUCAGUGCCAUGGAGUCGUAGAUAGGAUCGAGGUUACCCAAGAUGCUGGUUUUAUCAUCUGGCUGUAAUCCUCCGCAUCCAUAUUUGAUUGUGAAGCGAACAUCUUGGUCGUUCGAAGAAUAUUCAUUAAAGGAAUUAUGUAAAAGGAACACGGACACUGCAAGACUGAAUUCAAAAGUUGCCUUAAAAAUGAGCGGCGACGCGAGAUGAUGAAAUUUUCAGAAAUAUUUUUGUAUUGAAACAUUAUGCGGAAAAGACAAAAUAGUUUUUGAAAAUUUUCGAACAGUAUUUUUCUAUGAAUUUACCAUAGACGAACUUUAGUGUGGUGCUAUAAUAGUGUAGUGAAGUGUUAUCGAUAAGGACAGACAUAUCGAUAGUUGUGAGGUGAGCGGUGGUGAUGGUGUGAGGUUGGAUGGUGAUGAGUAGCGCGAUGAGCAGUGAGGGCGACGCGGUGAAGGUGGAGGGGGGACACGUGUCUGUCACCACUAUCAGCAUGUCGGGCCCGGAGACUAGCAACGGUCAAUUCUCGUACAGUUCGAGCGGCGUGCGCAUCAGUGUGUCCUCAGUGCCUCAUGAUGAAGACUCCACUGACGCCGAGAUCUCGAAGAUCGACUUCACACAACAUCAAUACGAGGUGAACAUGCGUAACAAGAAGAAGCGUUCAUCCAGCGGAGCGCCCGAGGUGUCCAACAAUGAGCGCGAACGACCCAUGUCCUGGGAAGGCGAGCUGUCUGACUCCGAGAUGGUUAUAGACACCAGUGUUAAUAAUGACGACAACAGCAGUUCCCUCGACCUCCAAUCGUCGAGGGACUCCAUCGACACACUUCGUAACGUGAGCAUCAAGACUGAGCCCGUGAAGACCGAGGGCUUCCAAGGAGUAGACGAGCAAAGAGUACUGGACCUCAAGUACAGUGCGCCCUUACAGCCGCAUCAGAGAAGUCUCAGCAUGAAUAGGAUAUCAGUGCUAACAGACGGCACAUCCCUCUCACUAGCGAGGCGGCCAUCUUCCCCGACGAGCAGUGCCAAGUCCCUAGCGCUCAGUGACCAGGGUUCCACUCACAUGCCGCACACAGGUCUCGAUCAAGUGCACAACCUGACUAUUAAGAAGGAGACGCAGUUAUCUGAACUAAAAUGCGAACAAUCAGUGGGCAUGGAGAAGCUGAUCGGCGCGCUGCACGGGUCGCCGCUGCUGGGCCGCCUGCCGCGCGUGCAGUCCAGCGCCAGCACCGACUCCGCCGUGCACUCCAUGUACACGCACAGUGUAUACAGCAGUCCGUCAGCGUCGCCUCGCGCGUCGCGUCACUACACGCCGUCGUUGUCGCGCAACAACAGCGAUGCGUCGCAUUCCUCUUGCUACUCGUAUAGCUCGGAGUUCUCACCUACACAUUCUCCGGUACAGGGUCGUCACCCACACGUAAUGUACCGUGAGGCGGCGGCUGCGUACGACGGUACCCAUGACGACGAGCCUGAUGCCCCUGACGACCGGCUGCAUCACCACCAGGGUAUUAGCAGACAACAGCUUAUUAACAGCCCCUGCCCAAUUUGCGGCGACAAAAUCAGCGGGUUCCACUACGGCAUAUUCUCCUGUGAAUCCUGCAAGGGUUUCUUCAAGCGAACGGUGCAGAAUCGUAAGAACUACAUGUGUUUGAGAGGCGGUAACUGUCCUGUUACCGUGACGACGAGGAAGAAGUGUCCUGCGUGUCGGUUUGAUAAGUGUCUCGGAUGCGGGAUGAAGUUGGAAGCGAUUCGCGAAGACCGAACUCGCGGCGGUCGGUCAACAUACCAGUGUUCAUACUCGCUAUCGGGCGCCGCGUCAACGGGCUCGCUACUUUCCGCGCACGCACCCGCCACGCUACGCCACGCCUCCAGCCUCACUUGUGUAAACGGUCCCGGAUCAUACAGUAGCAGAGGGGAAUCCAGUAACAGUCAAGUUACACCAGAUAUACCACCAUUAUUGCAGGAAAUAAUGGACGUAGAACACCUAUGGCAGUACAACGAGUCUGAACUCAGCCGGCUGGGCAAGUCCACCGGCUCUCCGUCCGCCAACCCCCUGCUGGCAGCCAGCGGUAUCACCGCACAUAACUCUAGCCCCGACUUCUUAGCCGACCUGUGUAACAUUGCUGAUCAUCGGCUGUAUAAGAUUGUCAAGUGGUGCAAGAGUCUGCCGCUUUUUAAGAAUAUUUCGAUCGACGAUCAGAUCUGCCUACUAAUCAACAGCUGGUGUGAAUUACUGGUACUGUCGUGCUGCUACCGCGGCGUCAGCACGCCGGGCGAGGUGCGCGUGGGGGGAGGCCGCGGCAUCACGCUGCAUCAGAGUGCCAAGUUGGGCCUGACGCCAUGUAUAGAACGCAUGCUGAGCUUCACCGACCACUUGAGAAGGCUUCGAGUCGACCGAUACGAAUACGUAGCGCUCAAAGUCAUCGUACUACUCACUUCAGACGCGCCCGAUCUUCGCGAAGUGGAGAAAGUACGAGCAUCCCAAGAGAAAGCGUUAGCAGCCCUCCAAGCAUACAUCGCGACACACUCGCCCGGCACUCCGGCUAAGUUCGGAGAACUGCUGCUGCGCAUACCUGAGCUGCAGAGGACUUGUCAGUUCUUCAUGCAAGUCGGCAAAGAAAUGCUGAAUCCAGCCAACAAAAGCAAAGACGGUGACGGACCAAGCUUCAACUUGCUCAUGGAACUGCUGCGCGGCGACCACUGACCUUGACACCUCACCUUGACCUCCGAGGUCACCUCACCUUGACCUUCAAGGUCACCUCACAACGACCCAAGGUCAACUUCAUACAUUGCUCAACAAUAUAAUAAGUGAAUUCUCUCUACAUUGACAUAGGCUCGAGUUGUUUUCAAUCCUACAUUUUUAACCUUCAUAUAUCAUACAAUAUUAAAAAAACUAGUCUAUUCUCUUUAUCUGUGACCGCCGUAAAAAGCCUUGAAAAAAUAGUGCAUAUUUUGAUAAUAAAAACUUUUCAAAUGGCGGUCAACACACUCAUAAAAACUAAUCUUGUUUGGCCUUAAAAACAAAAGACUGUAUUUUAUAAAGUCAUCAACAUUCUUGUAAUAUCAUGUAUCAUUUUUAUCAAAUUAAGUAAAAUUGAUUAAAAAGGGAAAGCAUUCAUCAUACGUACCUAAUUAUACAGAUUGAUGAUAUUUGAUAAAAAAUCUUGUAAUCAAUCAUUUCAUUAUAACUGACAUUUUAUAUAAAAUAAGUGCCAAUCUAGCUAUAAUAAUGCAUUUAUUUUUAUGUCGUUCUAUUCUGCUCUCCAUAUGGAAAAACUACUCAAAACUUUUCUACUAUGAUAGUAAGUAAUGUACAUACAUGGCAACACUGUUAUUUAUUUCAUAUUCAUUACGAAGUAGCUUUUCAUUUCAAUUGCAUUAUUUCAAGAAUGGUAGAAAAAAUAGUAGAUUCCAUCAUACAAUGUUGCCAGUUAGUAAAAACGUUUUUCUACGACAUGACAUAAAUAAAGUUCACACUGCCACAGUUUGCUUUUAUAUGUAUUUAUGUAAAAUAUUACUCUGUAAGGCCAAGGGAACAAUGAUUAGGUAAGUUACUCAAUAAAUACAAUUUAAAGGGUGUGAGGCUGGUUCUUCAUACAGAUUCUAUUUGUAUGCAUUCAUAAAAAAAUGCCUGAAGACCGCUUCCAAUAUUGUAUCUAUCGCUCGUUUUGCUAACCAGGGAUAGGAAUUUGACAAUACUAGCUAAUGUCAAAUUCUAUCUCUGGAUAGAUAUGUAGAUUGAAUAUUGGGAGCGGCCGUAAAGUGUAGGUACUUAGGUAUUGUCUAUUACUCAUGUGUGUACAUAAAUAAACCUUGUUAGUUAAUUUUGAACUUAGAACAGGGGCCAUAAAAUAACCGAUUACACUGUAUGGUUGGUACAGACUCUUGCCUCCGGCAUUUUUGAUAAAAAUAUAAUGGUUUUGUAGGAGAUAUAAAUAUUUUUCGAUAAUGCCAAGUGAAUAUUAUUAGGUAAAAUUAAGAGAAAUUACAACGAUUACCUAUUUUGGUAUGUAACAUUGUACGCAAGUUUUGAUACGACGACUGUUUAAUAACUUUUUCAUAAUUAUUUAUUAUGAAUAAUUACCCGUUAAUAAAAUACGGGGUCUUUGUAAUCAUUGCCAUUUUGAUUAAGUUACUUAAUAUUAGUGUAUAGUAUUGUUGAUAUGUGCAGCUUACAAUUAAAAAGUAGAUAUUUUUCUAGAAUUCUCUGAGGGUGAAACCUUCAGGGAAUCAGAUUAAUUAUAAAGUUUUUAUGAAAAACUCAUUUUUGUAUUUAAGUUAUAAAUUUUGUUCAUUUGAAACUUACGUAGUUUACUUUUAAUUCUUCGCUUUUAAAAUAAGGUGUUGGUGCAAUACUUAGCAUAAAGUGUUCUAUGCUUUUUUGAAUUUAAUGAAAAAAAAAACUUAUUUCUUUCGCUACCUUUAUGCUACGUCGCACUAUAUUUCGACGAGGCUGAAAAAGCCUUGUAAAACCAGUCAUACACUGCCGAUUUGUAAAAUAAGACAUUGCUAUGAGCAAAACUCUCUUUAUUGCAAUACUUAUUAUUUUUAUAAAGCAAAUAUUCUCAAUAAGUAUAUCAUAGUUUAGUAUUAAAGUUUAGUACAUAGUGUUUAUAAAUAAAGCCUAGAAAUGCCUUCAAUUGGUUAAUUAAUAGAUUAUCAAAAGAUUUUAAGGCUUGCCUUGAUUUGUCUUAUAUAAAUCCAAACUAAUAUUAUAAAUGCAAAAGUAACUCUGUCUGUCUGUCUGUCUGUCUGUCUGUCCGUCUGUCUGUCUUUUCUUCACGCCUAAACUACUGAACCGAUUUGUGUGAAAUUUGGUACAGACAUAGUUUGAAACUUGAGAAAGGACAUAGGAUAGUUUUUAUUACAAAAAAAAAUAUUAUUUUUAUAAUUAAAAUUAUUCCGGACAUAUAGCGCCAUCUAUUGGUCAAAUCGAAAAUCUGCUGGUAGUCACUAUUCCACGCGAACGAAGUUGCGGGCAAAAGCUAGUUCAGUAUAAAACACUUUUAAUAAGGCCUAGGUCACAUUGCAGCCUUACAUUCCAUAAUAAAAGUUAUAUGCUUAAAAUGUUCUAUUUCAAUAGAAAGAAGAAAAUAGAUAAUCUUAGCGUGGUCUAGGCCUUACAGCCCUACAUUAUUGAUAGCACGAACGUAAUAAUAUUCGAGUCUAUAAUUAUAAAACAUAAAAAUAUACAUUACUAUAAAUAUAUAAAAAAUACUCCUGAGCAUGAAUUUCCAUUCUUGAAAGUUCCAACCUUAUGCUUUAACCGUAAGGUAGAAAACUGUUCGUGCUAAGUUUCCACUCAAUAACUGUGUUUUCAUGAAAGACGUAAACAAAGAUAAUUUUCAUAGUUUAUAGGUAUAGAGUAUCAGACGGGCACAAGUACUUCAUUAUAGUUUAGUUUAUAUAAUCAGAGCUCACACUCUGAAAUUGAAAUACGUUGUCAAAAUGUGCCACUCGAAAAUAUAAUUAAAAUUAUUUUAUUCAUUGAGAUUUUUUUAUGUGAUUGUACUUUUCAUGUUUUGCCAAUAAUUACGGUUUUAUAAGUGGCAUCUAUUUAUAGUUAUGUAGACUCUUUACUGAACUGAUAAAUUUAAGAUGGUAGAACGUUAGAUUAUAUUUUUAUAUUCAGUAAAGUAGCUGGUGUGCGUGAGGCAUGAAGAUAUUAUGAUUGUGAGGUCCGAAGAAUUUUUAUAUUAAAAAUUACUAGGAGCGUAAGAGUGGUAUGGCGUCCAUGUUUUACUGUUAUUAUUUUAUUACAUAAGUAUUAUAGUGAUAUUGUAUUCUUCUUUAUUUUGUAGAAUUAUAAAGAUUUUUUUAUAUAUAGCGCAAAAUGAAUAAAUAUGAUUUUGAUUUAAAAA